ACCGUUUAACAGGCUCAAGGCACGUAGCAAUUUGCGUAACGAAGAGUUUUGAGUGGCAUUUCUGCAACCUUCUCCCCUUGUAUCCUUUUCUGUGAAAAACCUAAACCCUAAAUUCAUAUAUUAAAUAUUAACAAUUGAUUGCUUCAUGUGUACGAUUCCAAUUAGAGCUGUCACCCUUUCCAUCAAUUUUUUUGCAUCAUAGAUCUGUAGGUUGUGCUCGAUUCUCGCUCCAAAAAAGGUCACUGGUACAGGGACUUCAUCCAUGGAUUCUUCUUCGGGAUCGGAAUUUGAUUAUUUGUUCAAGUUGUUGAUGAUUGGGGAUUCAGGAGUUGGUAAAAGUAGUCUACUUUUGAGUUUCACUUCUGACACCUUUGAAGAACUUUCUCCUACCAUUGGAGUGGAUUUUAAGGUAAAACAAGUUACGAUUGGGGGGAAGAAGUUAAAGCUUGCUAUUUGGGACACUGCUGGGCAGGAAAGAUUCAGAACUCUAACCAGUUCAUACUAUAGAGGAGCCCAAGGAAUUAUAAUGGUGUAUGAUGUAACCCGAAGAGAAACAUUCACAAACUUAUCUGAUAUAUGGUCAAAGGAAAUUGACCUGUACUCGACAAAUCAAGACUGCAUCAAGAUGCUUGUUGGCAAUAAAGUUGAUAAGGAAAAUGAUAGGGUUGUCACGAAAAAAGAAGGGAUUGACUUCGCCAGGGAAUAUGGAUGUCUAUUUAUCGAGUGUAGUGCAAAAACACGGGUAAAUGUUGAGCAGUGUUUUGAGGAACUUGUUCUCAAGAUUUUGGAUACACCCAGUCUCACUGCGGAGGGGUCAACUACCGUGAAAAGGAACAUAUUUAAACAAAAGCCUCCAACAGGUUCAGACGAAGCAACAAGUGGAUGCUGCUGAGCUGAAGAUGAUAUGAGUUGUAACUCGUUGUUUUCAGUUCCAAAACAGGCAUUGUCUUAGUUAAUCAUGAAUGUAAAUUUGGUUAUUUGGGGAUAUGUUUGGUUUUUCUUCAUCUUCUUUUUUUCUUUGAAUUGAAUCAUCACGAUAUAUGCUGACUUUGGUUGCUAUAAACUGAUUUGAGUGGAUUCAA